CCUAAAUUAAAUCAUUAUAGGAAUAAAUUUCAAAACGUUCAUAAUGGAUUUGAAAAUUAAAGCACCUGAAUUAAAAUGUAUGGAUUCAGAGAAUUAUCGAAAAUAUUUUAAGGCUCUUUGUUGGACAGGAACCAGAAGGAUUGACAAAAAGCCACACAAAAAGUUUAACAAAAAAGAUAGAUUAAGGAGACUCAAAGGAUCACAUGUUCUGGCACUUUGUUAUGCACCUAUUCUACUGCCCAAUCCAUCAUGCUUUUCUGUAUUUGCUACCGUGCGUGCAAGUAUUUUAACUCGCUGUCGCCAACUUGAAGCUGCAGCAGUGGACUUUUCAGAUGACAGUGACAGUGAUGAAGCCAGUCCUCCACCCGUCCUUGCUAAAUUGCCGAAGGUCACAGGUAUUGGAUUACGUACGGUUUUUGCUCUUAUUUCUCAGUCCCGGUUCACAGAUGCACAGUUUUGUGAAUAUUCGCUUAAGGCUUUACUGGAUGUUCUACAAGGGCAUGCACCUGAAGAUCUUGCACAUGAACCUCAUGAGAUAAUGUCAAAUCUGCAUAGCAUGCUGGUAGAAGUUGCGAGUGGAAGUGGGCCUACAGGGCGUACCGAGGCCCCUACAUCCCUAACUUCACUUAGUAGUUCAUGCCUCAUAGCACUAGCAGUAGCUCGUGGUGAGGCUGAUCUUGUGCUUGGAGCGGUCACAUCUUUAAUUAUGACUUCAACUCCGCUUACUGAGCAAUAUAUACAGAUACCAACAAACUUGACAAUUCUACAACGAAGUGUACAGUCUGUAAUUAUUGGACCUCCAUCUCGUAAUUUGUGGUUAAAUUUUGGAGUACCUCAUAAGUCUCUAGUGACUAGUUUCCCAGUGGAUUUACCAUCUCAAUUAACUGCUGGCUUUGGAGAGCUUGUAGUCCGAUCUCUGGUGUCCGAUGGUUGUUUCUUGUAUGUUUUCACAUCAAAAGGGCUAUUGAAAAUCGGCUCAGGAUAUGGCAGCACUAUAAGGCAACACGUGUAUUUGUAUAAAUCUGACUUUUUUGCUAGUGAUCGUCAUGGUUGGCUUGGAUAUUGUCGGAACAAAUUGUAUGUGAGAAUUGGCAGGAAAAAAUGCGAAGUGCAUGAAGUAGAUAAAGAUUCGCUAGAAGCAAAGUGCGUGUUGCGAUUAGAUCCAGGACAACCAGGACCCAUUGAGCCAAAAUCGGCGGUGUUUACCGACGGUAAUCUGCUAGGCUUAAUCCUUCUUACCAAUCAUGACCAUCUCACAAUAAAACUGUAUGACGCCGAGGCAACAGCAACGGAGCGCGUUAAAGGCGGAAGGUAUAUAUUGACAGCGAGGCGAGAAUUCAGUGUCCACUUAUUGAGACGACGCAUUCUAGUCCUGGGACGACCCGCUUUUGAUGACGGCCUAUCGAGACGCUUGAUCGACUUGGACUCACCUGUUGCGUUGCAGUUAGACGAUAAUGAUGAUGAUCCAUUAUUGAGUAUCUCCAGCGGUCAGGAUUUUGGCUUGUUAACGACGACUUCGGGAAAGGUGUACUAUACCGGCAAAGGCACAAGCUUAGGCUACAAAGUUGUGUCGCCACAAACCGGCCGCUGGACUCUCAUGAAAGAGACGCUCUUCAACAAAAACGACACUCCUAACACGAGACGGUGCAGGGUGGUUCAGGUUGCUUUAGGCCAUGAAGGUGUCCAUGCAAUUCUAGUGUUAGACAAUGGAUCGGCGUUAUUUACGGGCAUAGCGCGACGAGGGGAAGACGGCGAUGCCGUUAAACAAAGACGAACACCCAAACCGACGCGUCCUAAGAAGAUUCUAAGGGCUGAACGGCACCAUAUAGUAUACGCAGCAUGCAACUACGGCUCGACAGCACUGGUGACUAGGCAGGGGGAACUGCUUAUGUUCGGCAAGGAUACGCAGCACUGCAAUGAGUCCGGACUAGUCACAGGAUUGCAAAAUGAAAAUGUCAUUCAGGUCGCAUUAGGAAAAGCGCACGCAAUCGCUCUUACAAAGUUUGGUGAUGUAUAUUCCUUUGGUAUCAACAACAAGGGUCAAUGUGGAAGAGAAUUCGGAUACACAAAAGAGAAACCUUAUCCGAGUCGAAACACGAGUACCAAAGAGGAAGCGAGGCCAUGCCCUGAGGAGCAUACUUGGAGUGUAGAGUACUGCCGUGUGUGCGUUCUUUGCCGAGAAUGCACUGGAUUUGGAAGCGGAUGCCACUGCGCCACACUGCCCAACAGGGUGCCCGGCGAGCGUUGCGGUUGCGGUGAAGGCGACAGUGGAUGCAGUGUGUGCGGCGUGUGCAGGCGGUGCUCGGAGGGCUCUACGUCAUCCGCUCCAACUUUGAAACCGGACCAAGAUAAUAUAUCUAUUGAAAAAGAGCAGGAGCAGUCCAAUGAACCUGGACCGUCAACAGCGUCGGCUGCAGCAGCUGGACCGAAUCCCAGUGGGUCGGGACCAGGCACAGAGGCAGAACGUGAGGCCGGCGUCAAAGUGAGCUGUCUGUCACCAGCUCGCGUAGUCGUCCCCGGUGGACAUCGAAUACUCGCUGUAGCCUGUGGACUGCAUCAUACCAUCCUGCUAUCCGAACAUGGCGAAGUAUUCACGUUCGGAUCGAACCAAUGGGGCGCGUUGGGUGCGGGUGAUAUAUCAACACAUCACCGUCUCGUGCGCGUGCGCGUGCCUCGCGCGGCCGCCAUCGCCGCCGGUAGCAAUCACAGUGCUGUACUGACGCGCGACGGAGAAGUCUACACCUUUGGAAGUUACCAGAAAGGAUCGUUGGGACGAGCCCGACAGGAUGAACCGCGAAAUGAGCGCAGUCCAAUCUGGUAUGCAGCACCUGGCCGUGUACCGAGAAUAGGACCACGUUAUGGCUGCCGAGGAGUAUGGAUCAGUGCGUCCGGCGACCAGACCUUCAUACAGGUCUCACAGGCGAUCAUCAACACUGACACGCUCUUCAGCUCUACAAUCACGUCAAACUCCAACAGUAUUAUAAUUCUACCGAACCGACCGGAGCAUUCUUUCAAGUGCGUUACUAUAAACAAAAAUGAUGGUUCGUGUAUUGCUUGGACUGGACCCGAACAAGUCGACUUUGUGAACUCACUCGCUUGUCUCGACCCUCUUUACGAUGUUCUGUGGUGCUAUCAGCCACAAAUGCGAGUCAUGAAAUGUUUUAAUAUAAUUGCAUUUGACUCGCACAAUUUACAGCGAUGCUGCUCGAAUGAUCCCGAAGCAUUUUCGAAUGCCGAAUUCGAGUAUCCGAAUUACGGCUGUAUGAAGAGGUUGGGAGAUUUCCGACAUGUAGAAACAUUUGAUUGGAUUACCAAUAUUCCUGAUAAAGAAACGGAGAACAUUGUACUUUCCGAUAUGUCUAUUCUUCAUCAAGAAUUAGCAAUACCAUGUAGCCCAGGUUUUCAGAUUACAAGGUUCCAUGCUGCUUUACAUUUAUUGGGGACCUUAGACUCCCUCACAUACGCACACGACAACAAGUCACCACUAGACGAAUGCAUACGUGAUAAUACUGUAUUGCCAGUGGCACCAUUGAUCGAUGACUACUUCACUGUGACCCGUUUCGAAAACCACGGUGGCGGUUGGGGCUAUUCGGGGCAUUCAAUCGAAGCUAUACGCUUCAUGUGUGAUAGCGAUAUAAAACUAGGGGGCGUUGGGUUGUACGGAGGUCGAGGUGAAUACACAGCUAAGAUUCGACUAUACGACAUUGGCCCAGACGGAGGAGACCAAGAAGGCGAAGGAGAAAUUAUUUUUGAAACGGAGGAUGUUUUCUAUGAUUGUGCUCCAAAAGACAAAUACCCUUUAAUGUUCGAAUCACCGCUGCCUGUUAUGGCCGGGAGAUGGUAUGUAGUGUCCGCUUCAAUAAACGGGCCGUCGUCAGAUUGCGGUUCAGCGGGUCAGGCGAUGGUAAUUAACGACGACGUGGGAUUUCAUUUUAAAACUUCGAAGAAAUCAAAUAAUGGCACUGAUGUUAACGCCGGUCAAAUACCCAGUCUCUUGUAUAAUUUGACGACCUCGGACCAUCCGGUACCUAUCAGACAUUUGGAUCCCGGAGAACCAGUAAUUGUUCUCUCCAGAAAUGUGUCGAGGAAAGUAACAGUAUCAUGUUUCCGAUCGCUUAUAACACUUUUGCAGUGGAGUUGGAGGACAUUUAAAGAUAGUUUAUUAGAUACAAACGGUCAAAUACCAAUUAAUUAUCAAAAGCUUAUGAUAAUGAAACAUCAGAAGAGGUUGGUAUAUAUCAUGCGAGCUGGAAUGAGAUUGGUUAAAUCUUAUAUCAAAGAGGUUUAUCCGCAGAGUAUCAAAAAGAGAAACUCACCCGACUACAUGUCGUAUUUCGAAUCUAUAGCGGAUGCUAGAAGUUUCAUUCAGACUGUAAUGGCUGACCAAACGCCUACGUGUGCUUCGUUACCUCGAAAACAAGGUCGAAGUAAAGCUCACAGGAUAUGCUACGUGCAAUUUGCUCUUGAGCUGACUAACUCCGUAUUGAAGGAAGCUCAUGAGACAUUUAACGCAUGUUUUUACGCGUUUUUUCCAACACCCAUUCUAAAAUGGAACCAUCUUUGCUUAAUGCUAUACAAUGUCAGGGAAGGCAACGUUCCUCCGGCUCAAAUUCGUGAGUUAACAGCAACUUGUGCUGCGAUGUGCCUCUCUCUGAGUCUACGCGAUGUAUUGCAGUACAUCGUACCUCUUACCCAGAGUCAAAGAGCUCGCCAGGAGUCACGCAGAUCUGAAGUCAAGAAUAAAGAUACACCUAGUAAAUCAGCAACAGUACCGCGUUCUUCUCACGCACAGAAACCGCCGCCUGUUCCACCUCGAGCCAAGGGCUCUCAAAAGGCUCAUGGCAACGUCGAUAAAUCAAGCUACUUAGAGUGGCAUCUACUGGACGUUAUAGCUCGACUGCUGGAUGUAGUACUGAACCCUAUCAAGCAGCAAAUAACGCAUAGGCAAUGCGCGCCCGCUCACGAUCAUGGGGAGCUACAGACGCAGGAUCGCCUAGCUGAAUAUUGCUGCAAGCUGACGGCACGCAUUAUUUCCGAAAUGUCGUUAAGUGCUUUGCAGUAUAACAAGGAAGACCCCGAGUCAAAGACACUUAAGCACCUUGUGACCGCUUCUCGCUUCAUGCGCGUGAAUUCGAUGCGGACGUGGAGCACGGGCAACGGCAGUCCAGACGCGAUCUGCUUCAGCGUGGACAGGCCAGGAGUCGCGCUCUCCGGCGCCUGCGUAUUCGUUGGCUCAGGAAAAUACGAUUAUUCUUUAGAGCUCUUGCAUGACAUGCGGACAGUAGCAGAAGAUGCAAAUGCAGCGCACUGUUGGGUUAGCCUUGAAGUGAAGGAAGGAACAUUUACAUCAGACGAUGCUCAACAUGAUGUGGUGCAUCUGAAGUUUAUAAGACCUGUUCUACUCAAGGAUGAUAUUCGGUAUGCCUUGCGCUUCUGUUGUGAAGGCGCGCGUACUGCUAGUGGAGACUGCGGAUUGCCAGCUGUCACAGGCCCGGAUGGCACUACGUUUCACUUCUCCUCAUGCUCACUCAGUUUCAAUGGAACUACCCUCGCCCGUGGACAGUUGCCUUCUCUUAUAUAUUAUAGGACAAAAUGGGUAGAUCGCGCUAGCGACACUGCAAACACUGGCGCCCUAAUCAACACGGGCUUGGUGGUUCGGAAUGUGCAGCGCGUCCAGGACGACAUGGACUGGGAGCGUGGUGCUGCUCGCGAGACGGCCGUGGCGGUGGCGGGGCAGCUGGCUGAGCGCGGCGGCGCCUUGUUGGCAAUGAUGCGUGCACUCUCGCCGGACGACCUGCGACGCGCCGCGCCCGCUUUGGCUGCCGCGCCCGCGCUCAAUAUUCUGCUGCCGUACGCUCUGUCCAGUCUCAAAGGCCUAUCCGAUACCAAGAGCAUUAUUAACUUACUCGAAAUCAUACAUAAGCUACUGCCACAAGUAGCGGAAAUAAAUCUUAAGAUGCCAACUAACGAUGAAACCCCUACAAAUACGACUAGUCACUACUAUACAUGGGUCGAAAGUGAUCAUCCAUACAAGCAGUCUACCGUCAUCAAUAAAAGGGUGCUGUUCCCUCCUCAAGUAUCAUGGAUGACACUAGAGAUGGAUCCACGCAGCGUUACCGCGCAACCCGAAGACACGCUCACGAUCUACGCAGUGGCCGGUGCUCCGAAACAUAAGUGUCAUUGUGCGAAUGAUACGCACAUCGCAGACCCGCCCUUCCGCAAGGUAUAUAAGCGGUUAAUACAACUAACGUCAGAAACUGGCGAGGCGGAGGAAUUGGAGGAAAACGUCUCUGAAGCACCGUGUAUGCAUUACAACUGCACGUACGUCAGUGUCGCACCGAAGUUUUCAAAUAACCCCAUUGAGUGGCCACAAAAAGCUUUGUUAGUGCCUGGAAAUGAAGUGAUUUUUUCGCUGGAAACUGCUUCAGAUUAUUUGAACGAUUACAACAAAACUAAUAAUGAAGAGAGUCGCUUCGGCUACCGAUGCCUGUGCGUCGGCUACGAGGACAGUCCUGUAGCGGGCUUGAACAUGAAUGGCGCGAGGACUGGAGGCGGCUCUCUGGCCGCGCUCGAGAUGGAGCUCGUGCACCUCGGCGCCACCUGUGCCACGCGACUACUCACACCCGACUUGGAUAUACCGCCGCUCACUCAAGCCACAAUAGUUGAGGUGCAAAUGCUCGCGAUGACGUCGAACUCGGGAAAUGGUGACGGAAUGGCUGCUGACGAGACAGAAACACUGCUGCUGUCUCGUGGCCUUGAAAUAGGACCGCCGCCUGGGAUCCAAAGUGUGCUCGACGGAAACCCGUUGCUGAGAUGCAUAUCGACUGAGAGGCAGUUCCUGUCAGAUUUCGUAGCAGGAGCAGAGAGCACAGCGGGCGGCCGGCUCGCGCAAUGGCUCGCACCUGGUGCGCGCGUGGAGCCUUUAAGGUGUGAGCUGAAGCCACCUUCGGUGCCAGCACGACCAGCAGCCCGUAUCAGCUUACCGGUGAUCAUCAGAGACCAGUAUGGGGACAUAGUAUGUUCUCCAGCGCUCAAAGUUGAGGUGGUUGUUCAACGACUAGAGGACAGCAUUUUACGGUCUAAUCAAGCAUCUGAGACGGAGCGUCGAGCUAGCCUGUGCGAUGUGCCGUACCAGCCAACCGUGAAAGACACUAUGUGGUUUCACGCUAUUACCAUGAUGAAGCAAUAUCAAAACUUUUCGUUCGAGGAAUUGCGCUAUGCUAGCGGAGUCUGGGGCGGCGCGUGCACGCUUCUAGAGGGUCUGGGAGGCCGCAUACCCGCUGAGCGAAUCGUCGUGGACGCCCAGCGCGAUGGAUCUUAUGUGGCUGUUUGGGUGCCUCGUGCUCCUGGGAAUUACAUUUUUAGAUGCACACUAGAUAACUAUCCUACGGCACAGGAUUUAAAAGUGGAGGUGGUGGAGUGUGCUGGCGAGGACACGAUAGCAGACCGCUGGCUGGGAUCAGCCACCUAUCGAUUACGUAGAUUUGCCAUCAUGGAUAGCGGAGGUUUGCGCAUUCGUGCCGGGCCCAGCCUGCAGUCCGAAGAGCUGAGUCGCGUGCCAGCUGGAGCCUAUGUAGCAAUUGUCGAAGAGUUGACAAAUAAAGAUGGUACGUGGGUACGACUCAGCCACGAGACGAUGCAGACAUAUCUGGAAGGUUGCGCAACCGUUGCAUGGUGUCUGCAGUACAACAGUCACCUCGACCGUACUUUACUCGUGCCCGUUGAAGAAGAAGACGCGCAGGAGGAGUUCACGGCUAACUAUGAAGUGCUUAACGAGGCUCGAGCAUUACUUCCUCUUUGGCAAGAAGAAGAAGAAGCCUCAGCUUCCCCUUCUCAUAGUAAUGCUUCUUUUGUCUCAGAUCAGAUUUUAGAGGAACAGCGCUUCCCUUUCUCAAUACAAAAUGAACCUCCUAAAGAGAGCGAAGAAAGCAAUCCGUAUAUGUUUGGAGAACCGAGCAAGCGCGGGCGUCUCCUGCGCAACCAAUCUACUUCUAUGCCCACCCCAAGACGCAUGCCGCGUCGCAACAACGGUAACAGCGACGAAUGGGAGCCCAUGAAGCACUGCUCGAGUGACAACGUAGCAGCGAUGCAAGAGACUGAUAUUCUGGAGACGAAAGAAGAAACCAUGGCGGGCCGCGUGGCGCAGACCGGCACACAAACCUCGCCCGACUGUGUCGUCGGAGAUGUCGUUAAUGCUCAGUAUGACGCGCCGAAGGAGUGGAGCUCCAAACGGUUGUCCUGGGAGCAUUUACGUCCGUCGCGCAGUCGACGUAGCGCGUCGCCCCCGCCGCUGCCCGCGCGGAACAUGCCGCCACGCAAGUUCGCGCUUAGUCCCGCGCAGGCUGAGUGUCUACGUGCUAUUUUCGCUGCACUACUCUGGCACGAAGGCAUAGUGCAUGAUGCGAUAGCCUGCGCUGCGUUCUUAAAGUUCCACCCACAACUGCCUAAGGCAGGCGCACGUGUUGUGACACGACCCCCUCAUGACACACCUCCGCCGAGGCCCCAGCGUCACUCCGUCGAAGUAACUAAUGCAGGACAAUACUUGCACAUCCACCCGUCCACAAUGGAGACUUUGACGCGUUCCGACAACGAGGUGCCGAGCACAAGUCGAGAACCUAUAUCUGAAAUAGACGCGCCAAUUAAUGAGGAGGAAGCCGGCUCUUCAAGCACUCCUGAUCCUGGUCCAUCUGUGGUGAACGUGUUGCCGCCCUCACUGCGCGCUCUAGUCGCGCUUUGGGAUACACUAAAUGAUGCUGAUCAGCUGAUUGCAGCAACUGAUAAAAAUAGAAAAGAUCUCAUUGAAAAGAAUGAAAACGAGGAAUCGAAACCGGUAGUAUGCAAGAAGAGAGAUUAUAAAUAUGGAAGAACGCCACUCAUGGUUUCUUGCGAGCUUUGCAGUGGUGGUAUGGUGCCUCCGCCGCUAGCGGCACACAUGCGACACAUGCAUCCCGGUUGCAGGGCGCCCACUGUACGCGGGUACGAUCGCUGCGGACAAUACAAGCAGGCAGACGCCUUUCCCAGCGAUGGCUCCCCUUCCGAGUGUGGACAGCUGUCUCAGGACCUUAUUGGUGUGAAAAUUCGAGCUACCUUAGUAGCGUACCAAUUGUGGUACUUAUACUGCGAGAAAUGCCGCGAGCGCGCGUUGAAGGCCCUCGCGCGUCAGCGAAACAGACUCGGCGCAGAUGGUUCGCGCCACUCGGCACUGCCCGACAUCGAUCACAACGCCAUGAGAGACAACGCCACCUUCCUGCUCGAUUUGGCGCCGCUCAUUAACUCAGAAUCAUCAAGCAGUUCUGGUUGGCAUGAAAUAGGAGGACGCAGUCCGCCAACGCCACCUGGUAGUAUUUGGCAGCCGGCGCCGGCAUUCCAGUGUCUUCCGGCUUUAGGCGCUGCACCCAAGGCCACGUCGACUGUACCCGACACAGCAAAAUAUCAUUCGCUGGGAAGACCACCGCCGGUGACUUCGGACGAGACACCGUCAACGUCCGGUACAUCUAGUAGCCAGUGGGCGCGCGUGCCCCGCUCCGUGUCUAUGGGGCAGGCGGGCGGGCGAGAUCUCGCAAACGCGGCGCAUCAACUUCAGGACAACAUCGAACCAGACCCGCAGGAGACCCUCUCUGGAGUCGGCUCGUCUUUAUUAGCCCAGCCGAGUGCAGCUUUACAGAAGCUAGUUGGUGGGGGAGAAUGGGCGAGCGAAGGUAAUGCGGUCUCCGCUUUUGAGUCUCCGCAAGUGGACCCCGACAUGAUCAUGCGCAGUCCAGUGCUCACCUUUAUCCUUGCCAAACGCGAUCUUCCUUCUUGCCGACAGAAGAUGGAUGCUGCAGUCCGAAUAAAUACGAUAAGACAGUACGCUUUCGAAGCACUAAAUUGGCUGCUCCGCUCGACCUCUCAACCAACAAGCGUACACGAUGUUAUGUGGUGGUUUUGCAACGCGCUCGACAAUUUUGCAAGCAUUGUUCCGCCGCAACGUUCUUAUGACGAUAACAAAGAGAAUAUGUUCAAUGAUUGGAGCCGAUAUCCGACUCCGACAGCGUCGGCAGCAGCUAUAUGUCCUGGAGGUCGAGCAGCGAGAGGGGCGCGGGCGGCCUUUCACGCGUUCCUUGGUUCCGUGAGUGCUCUCGCGCCGUCGCUGCCUCCUGCCAGCGCUGCAGCGCUACAAGCCGUUCGCUGCUGGGCGCUUCACUACUCGCAGCACGAUAGAACAUUCUUGCACCGAUCACAAGUGUUUAGCGUGAUAAGCAAGAUCUUGUCACACGCGGAGGACAGCUCGUAUGAGGAUGGGUUGCUUGGUGCUCUCCAAGAGAGUUAUCAUAGCUAUCUCAAUAAGCAACAGGAUAUUAUAUGGAGUUGCCCCGAUGUUACUGGCUGGUGUGAAGUGAGCGUGUCAUCGCGUCCCGGAAUGGCAGGCGCCUUGACUGACGGCAGCACGGAGACCUUCUGGGAAUCGGGAGACGAGGAUCGCAACCGAGCUAAAUGGAUCCAAAUCUUAUAUUCUGGACCAUCUCAUCAAGAUCGACCGCAUAUAUUGUGUGUUCAUGUUGACAACAGUAGAGAUACCGUGAAUAAGACCUAUUUGAUGACGUUCCUGUAUAGCGGUGGAUCAAGUGACUUGACUCAUAUGCAAGAUAUUGAAGUCGAUUCCAAGGCUGCUGCUUGGGUUUACUAUACUUUACCGAGAUCAUCUACGGCAUCGGUGCGUUUGCGGUGUGAAUUACGCGGGCCAGAAAGCGCUGUGCGCGUGCGUCAGAUACGCGUGCUCGGUGCGCCCGUAGUGGAUCCUGAGAUGCGUUCUUCGAUGCAUCCUCUACAUUCACUGGCCGAAAGAGAUACACUUCGAGUGUUCCGACUGUUGACAUCACAAGUGUUCGGCAAACUUCUGGAGUGGGAGCAAAGUAACAGCGAGUCUGGCGAGGGCGGUGCAGCCGAAGAAGCAGCAGGAGAUGACAGCGAUUUACGAGAACACGUUGUUGGUAUCCUAUUUGCCGGACACCAACUCACUUCACUGCAGCGACAGGUGAUGUCGCACAUCGUGUUCGCAAUCGGGUGUGAAGCGGCCCGUGUGCGCGACGACUGGGAGACUGCUCUCCUUUGCGCGGAGGCAGCUGAUCGUGACCCCGACGAACCACCACGACUGCCCCUUGUUCACCAUCUGCAGGACAAUUACUGUUUUGAAAUGCUCUCGCUGUUGCUGGCACUCAGUGGCAGUGCCGUGGGUCGCGCACAUCUCGCCCAACGCACCGAGUUGCUAGCCGACUUGCUGGCUUUACUGCACACAGGCAGUGAACGUGUGCAAAGACAAGUAAUAUCAUUACUACGACGGAUGAUCGCUGAGGUGCCGCCGCAGAAAAUGUUGGUGGCGCUCAGUUACGGUGGAGACAUAGCGGUUAGAAUAACUCUACUGGACCACUUAGUGAGUUACGUUGGCAAGGCAAUCACGGUGCAAGUCAAGGUGAAAGGUGGAGGCACUGUUAUACCUGGCACAGUGAAUAUGGGAAGCAGCGUCAGCCCUGUCCCACCCCAGGUCUGGUUUAUGCGUGGAGAAACUACCAAGAAUCACGCAAAUCUUGUUGUUAAACUACUUAUGGAUAUGGCAGAGGACAAAGUGUCCAAUUCAUGGGGCAUGGAGACACGUUCCGCUCUGAUACAAUACGUGCGUGGGGUUGCGCUCAUUGAUGAAAUGGAUCGUCGUCCUCCACGCUGUAUUACAUCGGCCAGCGUGUGGAAGGCCCUGGCAUCUCUAUGUGUCUGUGACCAUCACCAUAUUGAACUAAUAAACAAAUCAGACGAAAGUCGAGACCCUCGCGGUCGCGAUUCUGCAACUGAAACUCGGCAACACUGCACCAAUCACGAUGAUGGGUCUACACAGGCUGUCAUUGAGUGUCGUUCAUGCGGUCCGCUGUGCGCAGAGUGUGAUCGUUUCUUGCACCUCAAUAGGGCUGCACGCAAUCAUCAACGACAGAUAUGCAAAGAGGAAGAAGGCGCCAUCCGCAUUGACAUACACGAAGGCUGUGGGCGAGCCAAGCUCCAUUGGCUUCUGUUGCUCAUAGACCGACGUACGCUGAAGGCGCUGGUUGAGUUCCGCGGACUCGAGAAUCCGAGCACUGUACCGGCUGAGACAGAAGGGACCUCAGGGACAGCUGGCACGUGUCGCUUCUGCGGUGCAAGGGGAAAUACUGGACUACUGGCCAUAGGAAAUGUUUGUGCUGAUCAACAAUGCCAGGAACACGGUCGCGAGGCCUGUCUCCGCGUGCACGGUUGCGGUCAUACAUGCGGAGGCGUGCGCGAUGAGAAAAAUUGCCUGCCGUGCUUGUACGGCUGCGCCGGAUCAGAAUCGUUAAGACAGGACGCAGACGAUAUGUGCAUGAUAUGCUUUACCGACCCUCUUCAGGCUGCGCCCGCUAUUCAGCUGACUUGCGGGCAUGUGUUCCAUCUGCACUGUUGCAAGAAGGUCCUGGCGAACAAGUGGGUCGGACCCCGUAUUACUUUCUCUUUCUCCCAGUGUCCUAUUUGCAAGGAGGAUAUGACUCAUUGGACUUUGGAAGAACUUCUGUCCCCGAUACGUCGGCUAGCCGAAGAAGUUCGUCGCAAGGCGCUGAUGCGGCUGGAGUACGAGGGGCUGGCGGCGGGCAACGCUCGCAAUCGCGCCCAAGAAGACCCCGCUAUAUACGCCAUGGAACGCUACGCCUACUACGUCUGCCAUAAGUGCGGCAAGGCGUACUUCGGCGGCCUGGCGCGCUGCGAAGCGGAAACCAACGGGUGGUGGGAACCGACGGAGUUGGUCUGCGGCGCUUGCAGCGAUGUUGCGGGCGCGCGCACGUGCCCGAAGCACGGCGCCGACUUCCUCGAGUACAAGUGCCGUUACUGCUGCUCAGUGGCAGUAUUCUUCUGCUUCGGCACGUCGCACUUCUGCAACUCGUGUCACGACGACUUCCAACGCGUUACGAACAUACCGAGACAUCUAUUACCGCAGUGUCCCGCAGGACCUAAAGGAGAGCAGCUACCCGGAUCAGCAGACGAAUGUCCUCUCCACGUGCAACAUCCGCCAACGGGCGAGGAGUUCGCUCUCGGCUGCGGAGUCUGUCGCCACGCCCACGCGUUCUAAACCAAAAAAUGCUCCAUCAAAAUCAAUAUAAUUUUCACACAUAUUAUGUCUUAGCAAUACGAAUACUAAAAUUUUAAUGUAUACCGGAAAGAAAACUAAACCACUCGGAACUGACAGAUCUUACCUUUGGAAGAAUAAUAGCUACCUUCACUCAUUGGGUUUUACGAGCCACAUACCCUGGAUGGUAUUAAAUAACACUAACAUAUUGAUAAAUUCGUUUCUCCGAGCUAAUUCCUCGGAUUGAAAUCUAAAGAAGCGAUCAACUGCACCUUAAGCACCCAAGAGUCGUCAUGGACUCUCCACCCUGCGAGCGCAGUGAAGAAAAGAAUCCAUGCGGCAGCCGGCAGCCAACGAUGAAACAUAAUUGUUUGGCUUCACAAAAAGGAAAACAUAUUCUUAAAGAACUUAUGUAAAACUACUGAGCCGAUUGUUCCUAGUAUUAAUUGUGUACAUUCACCGACGGCAAUUUAUUUACAAUUCGGUCGGCAUUUGUUAGAUAUUUAUUAUUUUUUUAUUAAUUAAUUGUUAGUAUUGCGUUUUUUUUACGAUGCGUUUUGGUAGUGCUAUUUAUAAUUGUCCAGUCACGAUGCGUUUUAUAAUUUUUAUUUUAAAUUGUAGCAGAUAUGUUCAGUUCAAGGAGUGUUUUGGUGUUUAAUUAAGUUUUUAGAUUUAAGAAUUAGUUGGAGAGUUAUUUAUUAAUAAAAUAUUAUGUAAUAUAAAAGGUCCUAUGUUACUUAAAUAGUUAUUCGUUUCGUAACAAAUAUAAAAUAAAGCUUCAUCAAUAUCCUCCGUUUCCACCGGCAAUGACAACGUGGACUCGCUCAUAGUCGACACUCGUGUGACCGAGUAUAUUACUCAUAGAUAUUAAUUGUAUUUAACCAUUCAUCGAGUAGAGUCUUAGGAAUAAAUGUUCUGAAUACAUAUUGUUUUCUUUAUAUACGAACACGUGUUAACAAUUCUGUGUUGUAAUCAUAUAAAAAACAAUAUUAUACACGGUCACUUAAUAUGAAAAAAGGCAAAACGCGCACAUUCCACCAGUGAGAUAUAUUUUGUUAUUAUAUAAUAUUAUUGUAACAUUAAAGAAUUUAACAUUAAACGACAAAUAUAGUAGAAGUUACGUAAUUGCUCUUACUAAUGUUAUAAUUGAUGUCUAAAAUAGCAUUUAUUGCUCUUUGAAACUAAAACUGCGUGCUACUCCGUGUCCCUAACCGAAGUUGUCAUUUAAAUUUAUUUUUUCAAUCAGACGCUGUACGUCAUUUGUCGGCUUCUGACUGUCUGUAUAACCCAAGAGCCUGUGAAAUAUAAAAAUCGAAAAAUUCUCAGCAAUUGCUUCCAAUACAGGUAGGAAUGAUUUGCUACUAAUGAUGGAGUUUGAGUCAUAGUGGCUUUAACAUGUGUCAUGUAGCAACGGUGCAUAAAAUACGAACUUAAAUUUAUCAAAUUAUAAAGCGUCAUUUUCUUAUAUUUUCUUCGGAGUAACAUGACGUGAUUUUUAAUAAUAUUUAUAAUAGAAAUCACGUCGUCCAUUGCAAGACACAUAAUAUCGUGGCAACCCCUUGCCAGAUAUCAUUAAACUUAAAAGUACUGUUCAAGCGCCUGCUAUAUUUUUAUCGCAACCCUCAUAAAUACGAUUUAAGUGAUUAAGAUUUAGACUAAUUAAUUGGUGCCAUCUUUUAAUGAAAUACCAUUUAAUAAAAAUUUAAAAUGGGAAACUCUGUAGAAAUACAGUACUCCGUAGGAAAGUUUACCUGCUACAGCCACGAUGACCCGAACUCCAUAGUAGUAAGGCGUUACUACCUAUGUUGGGAGCGACUGCUGUAAAAUUUUCAGCUUUUAUAUAAUAAGGAAGGCCAUUCACGGGCUCGUGAUCUAAUAUAAUUUUUAAUUGUGCCAAGAUCUUGCAACUCAUUCGUAAUAUUCUCUAAACUCUCUUUUAAUUCUACAGAUUGAAAAAGCAAAACAUACAUAAAAAUGAGUCGUUAGGUAUUAUAAUAAUACUGUAUUUCUUUGCUUUUCAAAUAUUUCACAAGUAUAAUACAUAUGAAUAUUCAAUAAUUACGUACAUAUUAAAUUGCGGCAAUGAGUGUAUCGGUUUCGUGUGUUACCAUAUAUUCCUAUAAUAUGUAGUAGCUCUAAUAGAUGUUAAAUAAUGAAUGUUGUAAAAUCCUUCUCUGUAUAAUCUUGUUUUUGAUUGAUUUUAAGAUAAAUUUUAUAAUUAUCAUAAUUCUAUUUUAUUUUUAACUAUAAUAACGAUGUUACUUUUACUGAUAUUAUUAUUGUUUAAACUACUAGGACGAGGCGAGUCUGUAGUCUGUGCGGAAUAGGUUCAGUGAGAAUGUAACCGAAACGAUAGUGUUGUCAUUCGUUUGUCCUCUCAUAACUUGGACGGGAAUUGAUCGCCACUCUUGCGCAUCUUAACUCCUACGUGGAGUUAAAAUGUGGCGUCUCACUCAUGUGGCGUCGUCUGAAGUCAGAAAGGUUACAUAAGGUAAAUCUAGAAUGUAUAACGGAAGUAUUACGAUUCGUGAAGUGUCUACUUCGUUAUUUUAUGUCGACCUGUGUUUCGGUUUCAAGUGUAAGUGAAUGUCGUGUCAUCGUAAUAAUAGAUGUUGUAACGAUAUAAAGUACAUUGUUGUGUCUCCUCAAUAGGACUCGUGUAUCAAUAAUAUCUCCAUGAAACAUACAGAUUUAGAAAAACAAAUAGAAUGCAUCGCCCUAAAAGGCCAUUUAACAUAAAAUGACGAUAAAUUAUUUCAUAUAUUGGAGGAAUUAUUGAAACAGAAAUAGAUUAAUACUGUCUCUUAAUAUUGAUGUGCUGUAUCAAUGUAUGUAAGUUUUGAGAAAUUUCUCCUUGUUCGUGGGCGGACCGCCCUCUAAUAACCAUGGUAACUGACAAGUGUAAGGCACUAAUGCGUGGACCUCUAAACUAUACCACUCUGGUAAAUAGUCAAAAUUGUCCGAAUAAUAACUUAUGUAUAACUUAAACAUAAAAAUACUUUUGGCAUAUGUAACAAAAUUAUUUUUUAAAAUAUUCACUCACGGAAUAUAUGUCCUGCUAUUAUAAUAAUGGGUGCACCUUAGUCUUCUAUGUAAUGAAUGAUAAAUAGGUUAUGGAACUAGGUAAGAAAUUUUUCA